AUGAGUGACAAGAGCAUGCCUUCUACAACAUCGCUCUCUAACGAUGUCCGUUGCAGCCUCGACGCGGAAGAUCAGGCUGCACCAAAGUCACAAUCGGCGCUUCCUGGUUCUGAGCAUCCGCCAAACGUCUUAGCUACCCUUCCACUUCUCCAUGGGGAAAUGACCUUGGCAGAAGCUCUCGACGAGGAGGACAAUAUGCUUUUCCCGUUAGCAUAUUCCAGUCAACGCGAGGACUUCUUAUUCUGGAUAUAUGAGCAUCGCGACGACUUCAAGAAUCUCGUAUCGCUCCAUCUCGGCCUGGCCAGCAACGAAACAUGCCGCUUUGGAGAAUUCAGGGAGUGGAAACAUGGCAGUUUCAAUGUUUGCAUACCGAUAUACGUAGAUAAUUGGAAGAGGCAUCCGGGGAAACGAGUACUACUUCGGCUACCACUACCAUACAAAGUCGGAGAAUCAACUUGUCCUGGCAAUUCAAACGAGAAACUCCGCGCCGAAAUCGCUGCCUUUAUCUGGAUUCAGGAAAACUGUUCACAUAUUCCAAUACCCUUCCUAUGGGGGUUUGGGUUUCCAAGCGGUCAGAGCAGCGUCAUGGGGCAUGGAUAUUUGAUUAUGGAUUAUAUCGAGACAACAGAUGCAAAGAUGCUUUCAGAGUCCUGGGACGAAUUCUGCCACGAUCGCGACCUGAGGACCAACUUCUUCAAAGAUCUAUCCCGCAUCAUGCUCGCCUUGAGUCAGUUGCCUUUGCCUCGCAUCGGGUCCUGGACGAUAGACGAACGAGGUGUCCUUAUGUUAACAAAUCGUCCUUUGGCUCAUCAUUUCCAUUCUCUCGAGAACGAAGGUAUUCCGACUAACAUACCAAGAAAUCUUACAUACACAACUACUGAUGCAUACUACGCUGAUCUCUUGGCAUGCCAUGAUAGCCGCAUACGAAAUCAGCCUAACUCUAUGACCAACGAGGAAGACGGUCUUUUACAGAUGGCAAAGAUGCUAGCUCCUCCAUAUUGGAUAACCAACCGCGGCGUAGACGAGCUUAGAGGUGAAGAGCUUCGAACGUUUGAGAAAGCAUGCGAAGAAUUCAUGGACAUAUUCGAGGAGGAGGAGAAAUCGUUUCCAUCUGUGUACGGCAGUACUGUGUACCGCGCAGACAUCAUGAGGAGAGGCUGGAAGAUUGGAAACUUCUGGUAUUCCCAUGCACUAAAAAGCCCAAAAGGGCUGUUCAACCUUUUUGUCCAACAUAUACAGCCAAUAUUUGAGCCACGACGGGAUAUCAGAUUUGCACAAAUGGUAUCAGCUUACUGGGCUCCUGAUGCGCGAGAGGUUGUAGCUGCAAAACUUGCGGACAAAAAAGAGUAUGAACAACAGUUGCGACAAUUGUUUAAGGACGCCGGACGUUCUGAAGUGAACUUGUAA